AUGUCUCCUCCAGCGUUGAUUGUGUUUGAAGAUGGUUUUACCCAGAAAUGGAGCACUGACGAGUGGCAGGGUCUCAGCGUUUUCCCUGGAGAAACCCCUAACCCUAACCCUAAUUUCAAUUUCGUGGUGAAGAAGGCGAGCGAGAAAACCAUUGUUUCUCCAAGAUUCUCCCGCUCUUCGGUGAAAGACGAAAGCUUCAGAAUGGUGUUACAACCGACGAUGUCUCCACCUAGAGACUCAGCUGUGCCGCUUCCUGUUCUUCCACAGCCGAUGAUGAAACCACGGAAGAAGCUUAACCACCAAGAAUCCAUGCUUUCUCCGCAAAAAUAUCGGUAUCCCGGGAAAAACCUCUACCAAGAAGAUGAAGAAGAGUUUAAGUGCAAUGCCUUCUGUUUAUCCCUCCCUGGGUUUGGGAAGCAAAAGCCUCUGAGGUCACCAAAAAGUGAGGAUUCUUCUAUAAAGAAGAAAAUGAUCAAAGCGUCAUCCUUCUCAAACUCCUCUGUCUCGCUAAGUGCCUCUCUCGAGAAAUUCGAGUGUGGCUCAUGGGCUUCAACGACUGCUCUAACCCAAGAAAACCGCCGGUUGUACUUCGAUCUGCCGGUGGAAAUGAUCAAAUGUGGCGGUGGAGGCGGCGAUGUGCAAGAACCAGUGAGUUCGGGUUUCUUGUUCAACAAGGAAACAGGAGGUUUAGCUUUGAGAAGCGUUCUAAAGACAAGUAGUUCUAUGUCGAGAAGACAACAAAGAGUUUCGGAUGAGACGUCACCACAACGCCGUGUCAGAUUCUCGACCACAAGCUCUGUUUCUUGUCCGUCUUCUCCCCGGUCUUGUAUGACCCCACGACUGCUUAAAGCUAGAGAUGACUUCAAUAUGUUCUUAGCGGCACAAGACGCGUGA